CACAGUCACCUCCGGCUGCAGCAAGGCGAGCGUCACGCUGCCAGGCGGAGGCGACUGGUGCGGUUCAUGUACUUGUUGUUUCGUCUACUCGAAGCAGAGGAGCAUGGCUCGUGUCGGUUGAACACAACGCGGCGAAGCUCAUAAUGGCCGAAUUCGUCGGGGGAAGCUUCGUCACGCCUGCUUCCUUGACCAGAGAGUAACGCGCGUCCUACCGAGGUCCGAAGGGGAAGAAGACGCCGCCGCCGCCGCAACAACAACAACAACAACAAAAACAAAAAGGCGUCAAUUCAGCGACGAUUCAUGAGCGAUCGGGAGCUUCUCCACUCGAAGUCGACCCGUUCGAAGUGUAUCUCUCAUCCACCCGUCGAACGACCGUCGACAACAUGGACCGAGGCGGCUGCCAGAUGAGCGGCGGCGGCGGCGGGGUCGUGGACGACGGCGGCGGGCCCGAGUCGAGCGGCAUGAUCACGCUGGAGGACCUGGAGUCCUUCUCGGAGGACCAGCUGUCAGACUCGGGCAACGGCAGCCUGGAGGAGGCGGCGGACACCAUGGAGGAGGACGGCCGCCUGCUGCAGUACUGGCAGGACGUGGCCAGGGGACACCAGGUGAAAGUUUCUCAAGAUAUGGCAGAACCCAUUCAGCAGUUAACAAGCAACAACCAAGGACGCAGCAAGAGAGAACACAUCCCUUUUACUCUCCUUGGAAAAAGAGAGAAGUGUGGGAACCUGCUCUAUGAGAAACGCGAAUAUGAAAAGGGCCACUGGGCUUGUAUAACAAUGUGUGAGGACACUUACGAACAGAGCAUCUGUUAUGGUUUCAUGAGGAUGAUGAGAUACAUCUGCCAGCAGAACUCUUUGGGUGACUACUUGGGCAUGACGAUCCCCAUCGUGACAGUGGUACACACAGAUGAGAGCCACACUGUGAUCUCCAAUGGUGUCACUGUGGCGUACUACCUUCCUGCUGAGCAUCAGGCCCAGCCCCCACAACCCGAGGACAACGAGAUCACCAUAGAUAUCUGGCCCAGCACUAUUGUGUACACAAGGGCCUUCUCCGGUCCCACCAAUGAAGUGACCAUCAUUGAUCAGAUAAAUGCCAUGGCAGAGGUGCUCGAAUCUCCUGGCGUGUGCGUCAACGACUCGUUCAUCGUGGCCGGCUACACCAACCCUGCUCACAGCAACCGUCAGAAUGAGAUCUGGUUCCUGGAGCGCCGCUGAGGGACGAGAGGAUUUAGGCAGCCUCCGUAUCUGUGACCUUGAGCCUGAUAAAGACUCCCUUAACACUGCCCCAACUCAGCUACAGCCUCAGGUGUAAUACUUUCUGUAGUUACCACCUCUACCUGAAACAACCACCAGCUCAUCACACUCCAGAGCAGUUUGGCAACCCAUGACUCAAAACCUCAGCAAAUUUUCAUUUAUGUUCAUUUAGAGAUAUCCUCAACUCACCCACAACAGCUGAACCAAAUCACUGCCAUACGCUCAUGGACACAACUCAAAUGCUUAGGUGAAGUGUAGCAUUCAUCUCCCGCUCCUACACUUAGAUGACUAAACCCUUUCCUAAGCACAGUGCUCUCUUGUUAAAGUUGAAAUAGUUUUAACUCUUAGCACUCCAUGAACAUAGUAACCAUUGCGCCAGAAACUUGUGACAGCGUGUCUUUUCCACGGUGGAAACAGGCUCCCAGAGGAUAUGCAGUCUUAUUAAACUUUUUUUGUUGCACAGCUGCAAUGCCUUGUCAUGUGGGUUGAAGUUCAAAUCACAACAGAAAGAAAAGAAGAAUAAAACAGUUUCUCUGUCGCUUUCUGGAACAAUUUCAACUCUGUCACUGUUGAUCUGCUGUUCAAAUUCAAUACAGGUCCCAAAUCUACAGUAUGUGAUGCCAAACACACUGCAUAUUUUGCUUUAACAAUAAGUGCAAUAUUUACAAUAUUAACCAGCAACCAACAAGCCAGUUACUACAGUUACUGGGCCACUAACCUAACCCAGUUAAAAGGUGUGUUCAGUUACAGGUGGGGACAGUGUGAAAAAAAACCUGACAAACAACAUCCAGUCCAGAACUGGCGGCUUGAACCAUGAAUUUGCUCUAGACAAAAGGUGACAGUAAUGUAGAAGACAGAUGCACAUGAAUGUAACCUGUUUGUGUGUUUCUGUGCAUGAAUGUACAGCUACAGGGAGGGGUGAAAACAAAUGUCACACUUACAGAAACCAAACGCUGAAAACUCACCGAUUCAACUGCUGAAUGACAAUCAUAAAGUACUUAUAUAUAUAUAUAUAUAUACAUUCUUUUCUUUCUGCGAGAAAACAAUGUGAUGAAAUCAAUGCAUUCCUCAUGAUUCAAGGCACAUUCACACGCAGGAAUUGUAUGUACCUCUUUCUCAUGCUCUUUCUACUUGCUACGCUGUGUCAAUGUUAGUGAGUUUGCAUUCACUACUGUAUAGCAAAUACCACUGCUUCUGAGUAGGAACAGUGUAACCAAGAAAAUUAGACCACAAAGAAUACCUCUACUGUGAUAAUACUCUUACUCUUUCACACUGUUAGACUACAGUAAAAAAAAAGUUCUACUUAAAACUGUAUUUGAUGUUCUAUCACCAAGAUAAGAAGAUUUUGUAGUCAAAGUGAAGGAUGUAUGUCUAUCUUUGCUAUAUUUUAAAAUAAAACGUACCAGUACAAUUCAAAAAUAAUAAUAAAGCAAACUAGCUACAAUGAGAGUUCACAUUAACAUUGGAAUCUUUCUGCUUUGGAAAUUUACAUUUACUGCUUGGGUGCCAGUCAAAUAAAACUGGAGGUGAACUAGCCAAAUCAUAACUGUGUGGGCGUUUUUUAAAGGACAGGGUGAUGAAAUACUUAGGCGGGUAGGUUUGUUGAGGCCUAUUAAAAGCUCAAAUUUAGAGGAAUUUUGGUUUAAUCUUACUUAAACCACAAGAAUGUAAAUAAAUUGAGUUGCAAGGUUUGCUCAGCCUUUAAGUCCAAAUCCGAAGAAUUUUGCAUUUAAUGAUGGAAGAGAUCUAUGACAACAACCAUAGUGUGCAAACACUUGCAAAGCCAUGAUACAUGUAGGUUUGUUUUCCCUUUAAGAGCCUGGUUAUAUGGGAACAUCAAGUGUAACAGUUUAAUUUGUGUUCCCUUUUUUCUGCUUAAAGUGUAGUUGUUUUUUUGUGUUUCGCAAGAGUGCAGUACUGUGAACGUUCAAGUGCAACAACAAGAGCUACUGUGGUUUUUCUUUGUUCAAUAAAGAUGUGCUCGUAUCCUGUCUUUCGAAAUCUA